AUGGAAGCAUCAAUACGGCAGCUCCAGGACCAUAGUUCAUCGGCGCCCAUAGACGGCAAAGAAUCGAGUGAAGGCCCGAGUAGGGGGUCAGAAGACCCAUUGAAAGAUGUACAGGACUCUUCAACUGCCUCAGCAGCAGCACCAGAUCCCAGGGGCGAGAAUACAACAGAGCCUCUGAGAGAAAUUGAUGUAUCUGAGAGCUCGGUAGACGGAAUGGGAGCGCUUCAGUUUACAGACGAAGAGAAUUGCGGUUUCUUCGGGGACCCGGCCCUGGUCCCGUCCUCGUCGCAGAGGACCUGUGGGACGGUCAACGGUGCCAAAUCCCCAUCUACGGGCCGCCCGGUGAGUGUUGAAAACAUUAAUUUGAGUGCGGCAGUCAACAUCUACGCUCUACCAAGCGAGGAACGUACGUGGAGUCUUAUUCAGCAGUACUUCCAUAAGACCGGACAGCUUCUGCCUUUUAUCCAUGAAAAAUCAUUCUGCGAGACAUACUUUCAGAUGAAGAAGGAAAGAUUUCGCAAGGUUCGUAGAACCUGGCUCGGUCUGCUCAACAUCGUCCUUGCUAUCGCAGCAAGUCUGUCAACCAAAGGUGACAUGCCUGCGGAGAAACGAAUACAGGAAUCCGAUGUGUAUUAUCAAAGAGCAAAUGGCCUCUGUGAUCGAGAUUCCAAACGGAAUGCCAGCUUAGAGAUGGUGCAAUAUCUCCUAAUCCUGGGUCAGUACCUACAAGGUACCCAAAAGUCAGUGCAAGCUUGGACGGCACAUGGGUUGGCAAUAUCUGCGGCGUAUCAAUUAGGUCUACACUCUCCAGAUGCAAAUCGGGGAUUUCCUCCAGCGGAAUGUGAGACUCGUAAACGCACCUGGUUUGGAUGUGUCCUUCUUGACCGAAAGCUAUACGUUAUACUUUAUAACGUGCUCGAAUCGUGCUACGGGGCCAAUUUAGGGUUCGAAGUUUCCACGAGCCCUAUAGACGCCAUGUCCGGGAUCCUCGAAGGGCAGCGCCAGCUCGAUGAAUGGCGACUUCAGCAGUUGCCCUCCCUGGGCCUGAAAGUAUGCGACAGCCCCUUAAGUCUGGAUGACGUUGAGAAGAUGGAUACUGGCUCGAUAAUCCGCCAUCGAUUCGAGGUAGUCCUCUCCGUGCGCUAUAAUAACCUUCGAAUCCUGGUGCAUCGCCGCUGCUUAGAGAGCCUCCUCGACCCAGUUCAGACACAAGGCGACACGCUGGCGACGUCUGAAACGCGGCUGCUUCAGCAAAUGGGUCUGAGCAGCGUCAUUAGCUGUGUUGAAUCUGCUAUGUCGAUUAUCUCGAUUGUACACAAUAUGUCUGCCGGUAGUGGCUGGCGACGUGAGUUCUUGGGUGCAUGGAAUUAUUCACUCUAUUACACCUUCAAUGCAGCACUAGUUAUUUUCGGCUCCCUCAUCGUGGCAUCGAAGGAGCGUGACCGCAACCCGUCAGCCUGGAUCAUGGUUAGCCAUUCCCGGCCCUGUAUUGACACGGCGGCUGAAGCACUGCGUCAGCUUGACCCGGGAAACCCUGUUGUUGAGCGGUGUCAAGAAUAUCUUUCGCAGCUAUCUGCAAUAUUGGAUCCUCUCAGUUAG